AUGGCGCCUCUGCCCAUCAAGUUCCAGGAGCUCGUCCAGCUCAGCAACGUGGGCGUGGACACUCAGAGCAUCGGUUUCAACUCCUGCACACUCGAGUCCGACUCGUACGUAUGCAUCCGAGAGAAGAAGAGCGAGGCGGCCCAGCCUGAGGUCGUCAUCGUCGAGCUCAAGAAUGGCAACAAUGUGACACGCCGGCCAAUCAAGGCCGACAGUGCUGUCAUGCACUGGAACCGACAAGUCAUUGCCCUCAAGGCCCAGUCGAGGACGCUCCAGAUCUUCGACCUCGAGCAGAAGAAGAAGCUCAAGUCAUGCACAAUGAACGAAGAUGUUCAGUUCUGGAAGUGGAUUAGCGAGACCACCCUCGGUCUUGUCACCACCUCCAGCGUCUUCCACUGGGACGUGUACGAUGCAGGGCAAGACGCUCCCGUCAAAGUCUUCGAGCGUAACGCCAACCUGAACGGUUGCCAGAUCAUCAACUACCGAGUCAACUCCGAUGGCAAGUGGAUGGUUGUCGUUGGCAUCUCAUCGCAGCAAGGCCGCGUGGUCGGCGCCAUGCAGCUGUACUCCAAGGACCGAGGAAUCAGUCAGGCCAUCGAGGGCCAUGCCGCCGCCUUCGGCACUCUGCGAUUGGAGGGCGCCCCCCAAGACACCAAGCUCUUCAGUUUCGCCGUGCGCACCGCCACCGGUGCCAAACUCCAUAUCGUUGAGGUUGACCACCCCGAAUCGAACCCCGUCUUCCAGAAGAAGGCUGUUGAUAUGUUCUUCCCUCCUGAGGCGACGAACGACUUCCCUGUGGCUCUCCAAGUCUCACAGAAGUACGGUGUCAUCUACAUGGUCACCAAGUACGGCUUUAUCCACCUCUACGACCUCGAGACCGCCUCGUGUAUCUUCAUGAACAGAAUCUCGAGCGAAACCAUCUUCACAACCUGCACCGACAACGACUCAUCGGGCAUCGUCGGGAUCAACAGGAAGGGCCAAGUCCUCUUCGUCACCGUUGACGAUACUAAUGUCAUCCCCUACCUGCUCCAGAACCCCGCCAACACCGAGAUGGCCAUCAAGAUGGCUUCAAGAGCUGGUCUCCCCGGCGCCGAUAACCUCUACGCACGACAGUUUGAACAGCUCUUCAACUCGGGUAGCUACCUGGAGGCUGCAAAGAUCGCCGCCAACUCUCCCCGAGGCUUCUUGCGAACCGCCGAGACGAUCGAGAAGUUCAAGCGCCUGCCUGCCCAACCUGGCCAGAUGGCGUUUACCCUGCAAUACUUCGGAAUGCUCCUCGACAAGGGUGCACUGAACACGCAUGAGACUCUCGAGUUGGCGCAGCCCGUUCUUCAGCAGAAUCGAAAGCACCUGCUCGAGAAGUGGCUCAAGGAGGGCAAGCUGGAUUGCUCUGAGCAACUCGGUGAUUUGGUCCGCCCCUAUGAUGUCAACAUGGCCCUCACCAUCUACCUGAAGGCCAAUGUUCCUCAGAAGGUUGUUGCUGGCUUUGCUGAGACUGGGCAAUUCGACAAGAUCCUUCCCUACUCGGCCCAGGCUGGUUACCAACCCGACUACAUUCAGCUCCUGCAGCACAUUAUCCGUGUCAACCCCGAGAAGGGUGCGGAGUUCGCUACUGCUCUCGCUAAUAGCGAGCAGGGUCCUCUGGUUGACUUUGAGCGCGUUUGUGACAUCUUCCAAGCCCAAGGCAUGGUCCAGCAGGCUACCGCCUUCCUGCUUGACGCCCUGAAGGAGAACAAGCCUGAGCACGCCCGCCUUCAGACCCGUCUCCUGGAGAUGAACCUGAUGCACGCCCCCCAGGUUGCUGAGGCUAUUCUCGGCAACGAGAUGUUCACCCACUUCGACAAGGGUCGCAUUGCCCAGCUUUGCGAGCAGGCUGGUCUGGCCCAGAAGGCCUUGGAGUUGUACGAAGACCCCGAGGCCAUUAAGCGCGUUGUUGUCAACAUCCCAGGCACCACCAACUUCAACCCCGAAUGGUUGACUACCUUCUUCGGCAAGCUGUCUGUCGAGCAGUCUCUUGACUGCCUUGAUGCUAUGAUGAAGAGCAACAUUCGCCAGAACCUGCAGUCCGUUGUCACCAUUGCGACCAAGUACUCCGAGCUCCUCGGCGCUGUUCGUCUGAUUGACCUCUUCGAGAAGUACAAGACUGCUGAGGGUCUCUUCUACUACCUUGGCAGCGUUGUGAAUCUUUCUGAGGAUCCCGAUGUUCAUUUCAAGUACAUCGAAGCUGCCACCAAGAUGGGUCAGUUCAACGAGGUCGAGCGAAUCUGCCGCGAUAGCAACGCGUACAACCCCGAGAAGGUGAAGAACUUCCUGAAGGAGGCUAAGCUGCCCGAGCAACUCCCUCUCAUCAUCGUCUGCGACCGAUUUAACUUUGUCCACGACUUGAUCCUCUUCCUCUACCAAAACCAGCAGUUCCAGGCCAUUGAGUCAUACGUUCAGCGUGUUAACCCAUCUCGAACGCCUGCUGUGAUUGGUGGUCUGCUUGAUGUUGACUGCGAUGAGAACAUCAUCAAGCAGCUCCUCAGCACUGUCAACGCCCAGGAGAUUAGCAUCGAUCAGCUCGUCUCUGAGGUUGAGUCCAGAAACCGCCUCAAGCUCCUCCUGCCCUUCCUCGAGGCUACACUCCAGGCUGGCAACCAGCAGCAGGCUGUGUUUAAUGCUCUUGCCAAGAUCUACAUCGACUCCAACAACAACCCCGAGAAGUUCCUCAAGGAGAACGACCAGUACGAUACCCUGGCUGUGGGUAAGUACUGCGAGAAGCGCGACCCCAACCUCGCCUACAUCGCCUACUCCAAGGGCCAGAAUGACUUGGAGCUCGUCAACAUCACCAACGAGAACUCCAUGUACCGAGCCCAGGCCCGGUACCUCUUGGAGCGUUCUGAUUCAGAGCUGUGGCACUUCGUCCUAAGCGAAAACAACAUCCACCGCCGCUCUGUUGUCGAUCAGGUCACUGCGACCGCUGUGCCCGAGUCCACUGACCCCGCCAAGGUUUCGGUUGCCGUCUCUGCCUUCCUCGAGAAUGAUCUGCCCUUGGAGCUUAUUGAGCUCCUCGAGAAGAUCGUCCUGGAGCCCUCACCCUUCAGUGACAACCAGAACUUGCAGAACCUACUUAUGUUCACUGCCGCCAAGGCCGAUAAGGGUCGUGUUAUGGACUACAUCCACAAGCUCGAGGGGUACAACGCCGACGACAUUGCCACCUCCUGCAUCGAGGUCGGUCUGUUCGAGGAGGCCUUCGAGAUCUACAAGAAGGCUGAUAACAAGUCUGCUGCUGCUGAUGUCCUGAUCGAGAACGUCGUCAGCAUCGAUCGUGCCCAAGCUUAUGCUGAGGAAGUCGACCUUCCCGAGGUGUGGAGCAAGGUUGCCAAGGCCCAGCUUGAUGGUCUCCGCGUCUCCGACGCCAUCGAGUCGUACAUCAAGGCGGAAGAUCCUACCAACUACCUGGAGGUUAUCGAGACUGCCACCCACGCUGGCAAGAACGAGGAUCUCGUCAAGUUCCUUCGCAUGUCCCGUAAGACUCUCCGAGAGCCUGCUAUUGAUACUGGUCUCGCCUUCUGCUUCGCUCGCUUGGACCAGCUCUCCGAGCUCGAGGACUUCCUCCGAGCAACCAACGUUGCUAACAUCGAGGAGUCUGGUGACAAGGCCUAUGAGGAGGGUCUGUACGAGGCGUCUAAGAUCUUCUACACCAGCGUUUCCAACUGGGCGAAGCUUGCUACCACCCUCGUCCACCUCAGUGAUUACCAGGCUGCCGUUGACUGUGCUCGCAAGGCCAACAAUAUCAAGGUGUGGAAGCAGGUCCACGAGGCCUGUGUCGAGAAGAAGGAGUUCCGUCUGGCUCAGAUCUGCGGUCUCAACCUGAUUGUUGAUGCCGAGCAGCUCCAGACCCUCGUCAAGGAGUAUGAGCGCAACGGCUACUUUGAUGAGCUUAUUAGCCUUCUCGAGCAGGGUCUCGGCCUUGAGCGUGCCCACAUGGGUAUGUUCACUGAGCUGGGCAUUGCUCUUGCCAAGUACCACCCUGAUCGUCUCAUGGAGCAUAUCAAGAUCUUCUGGUCCCGAAUGAACAUGCCCAAGAUGAUUCGUGCCUGCGAGGAGGCUAACCUGUGGCCUGAGCUGGUGUUCUGCUACUACCACUACGACGAGUUCGACAACGCGGCCCUUGCCGUUAUCGAGCGACCUGAGAACUCUUGGGACCACCAGCAGUUCAAGGAGAUCGUGGUCAAGGUUGCUAACCUGGAGAUCUACUACCGUGCUAUCAAGUUCUACGUCGAGCAACACCCGUCAUUGCUCACUGACCUGUUGGCGACCCUUACUUCCCGUAUCGACGUCAACCGCGUUGUGAAGAUCUUCCAGAAGAACGAUGACUUGCCUCUCAUCAAGCCCUUCCUUCUCAAUGUCCAGUCGCAGAACAAGCGCAUUGUGAACGAGGCUGUCAACGACCUACUCAUCGAGGAGGAGGAUUACAAGACACUUCGCGAUUCCGUGCAAAACUACGACAACUACGAUGCUGUCGAGCUCGCGGCUCGCCUCGAGAAGCAUGAUUUGAUCUUCUUCCGGCAGAUUGCUGCCAAUAUCUACCGCAAGAACAAGCGCUGGGAGAAGUCGAUUGCCCUGUCUAAGCAGGACAAACUUUACAAGGAUGCCAUUGAGACUUCUGCGUUGUCUGCCAAGAUUGAUGUUGUCAGCGAUCUUCUUCAAUACUUCGUCGAUAUUGGCCACCGUGAAUGCUAUACUGGCAUGCUCUACGCCUGCAACGAGCUCAUUCGCCCUGACCUCGUUCUCGAGCUCUCAUGGCGUAACGGCCUAAUGGACUUCUCCAUGCCUUACAUGAUCAACUUGUUGUGCCAGCAGACCAAGGAGCUUGCUACUCUCAAGGCCGAUAACGAGACGCGCAAGUCCAAGGAGAAGGAGCAGGAGAAGACCGAAGACAACACCCCCAUCCUCGGUGCCUCUCGCCUGAUGAUCACAGCUGGUCCUCCCGGUAGCAGCCCGUCGCCGGGACCAUAUGGGCAGACCAACGGCUUCGCACCGCAGCCCACCGGCUACGGCUACUAG